CCGAAGGGCACCCCCGCCGGCUGCAGUCCUACCGCCUGCGGGCCCUCCUUUUGCCGCCACCAGUUUAGGAAGCGUUCAUGGGCAGGCCGGGUCAGCCCAAAACAAAUUCGGAUUAAUCCGAAUUAAUAUCUGGUCUGGCUAAGAUGACGCGUUUUCCAAAGCCGAAUAACGAACAUCGGGCUGCCUUCAGCCAAAAUGCCCACGGUUCUGGGUUCGCCUUGUAAAAUGAACAGCAAAGUGAGCAAACAGCAAAGGUCGAAAAAGCAGAAAAAGCCUCUGGGAUACUGAUCCUUCUUCAGAAUGAGCAGUACUUUGUCACCCUGCAGUUUUCCUCCAGUUCCAUCUACCUUGGGGACAAAGUUUGCAGAGACUUCUGUGCGAGAACGCAUGAGAGAGAAAUUGAAGGCUGCACGAAUAAGUGAUCAUUUGCUGAGCGCAGUACAAAGAAAAAAAGGCAAGGUAUCUGCAAGAGUGAAGUUUCAUGAUGCUGUUAGAAGAUGCAAACAAAAAUCACAGAUUCAGACGGGUUAUCCUUCUUCUGAAGAAGCCUAUAAUUUCUUUAUUUUCAAUUUUGAUCCUGGGGAAGAGAAUGUAUGGAAUGAUGGUCAAAAAAAUGAAAAGAAUGUAUCAGAUCUAAAUGACAAGGGCAGGGAGAACCAGAAAUCUACACUCAGCAGUCAGGAAGAACAAGAAGAGAAUGAAAUGGAUGAAGAGGAACUUCUUUUCCAUGAUAAAGGGGAUGAUGGCGUAUUUGUUAUAGAACAGACAUGCCAAGAUUUCUUAGAAAUUAGAUCUGCAGAAUAUGAAAGCUAUUCUGGAAGGGUGCAGAAAGAGAAAGAUAUUUUGUUUAUUCCCAGUAUGUUAAGAGUGCCUCCCUCUCUGAAGAUGCCUGAAAAUAUGGAACCACGGUUUCUUGAGGAUGAAGGUUUUUACACUGGAGAAUGUCCUGUUGUGUCAUUGUCCAACCAGAACAUCAUGGAAAAUAGGAUUCUCAAGCAGAAACAGGGGAAAAAGUGGUUUGGAGAUGAUGGUCAAAUUUUAGCAUUGACCAAUCCUGUUAAACAAUCCCUUACAAGGCCUCCAUUGUUUCUUACAAAGGGAGACCAAGAGAUGGACCUUGUGAUCGUUUAUAAAAAGGCUCUAAAAAUGAGACUUACAAACCAGUACAUUGUUGGAAAUGAUGACCCACAAAGUUGCUUUCAGUUGGAUAUUGAUAUUUCAGGAUUAAUAUUCAUGCAUCAUCCUUGCUUUAGCCGUGAACAUAUUCUGGCAGCAAAACUGGGUCAAUUAUUUGAUCAGUACCACUCCAGAAAACAGAGAAAUCUUACUAGACUCCUUACAGAUAAGCUUCAUGCUCUCAGAAAUGCUUUACAAAAUAUUUUGGAUACUGCCAAAAGUGGAAUUCCAAAUUUAGUAGUCCAACAAAGCAUAACUGAAUAUAAGCUUGAAAUAAGGAAAACAAGAAGACUUCGCAAUAAUGAACAAGAAAAAGACCAAGCAUUGCUGAAAGCCAUGAUCAAAGUGUGGAAAGAAAUAAAAUUCCUGCGUGAUUUUCAGAAGUUUAUUAACACACCUCUGAAGCUCUUCAUAAGAAAGGAAGAAGUUGACCUGAAGUUGGAUGAAAAGGCCUAUGAGGCAGAAAUUCGGGCUGAAAUAGAUGAAUUACUAGAAGAAAAUAGUGAAGAGUAUGAAAAGAAAAUGGAUGAAUAUAAAAUUGAAUUUCGAGCAUGGAAAUCAUGGAAGAAGGCACAGAAAAAUCGAAAGAAACAAAAAAAGAAAUCAAAUCAACACUUGGAAGAUGAAGAAGAUGAAGGAUCUGAGCAAAUGGAGGAACCUCUGAAGCCUCUUCCACCUCUCCCAGUUGACCAACAGCAGGUGGAGCUGCAAGUUCGCAGAAGAGCUGCUGAGAACCGAAGACAGCCUGGAGAACCAGUUCUAAUCCCCGAGUUAAGCUUGGUGGGGAGCAUCACUCCGAAUGAGGCUUGUCCUAGAACUGAAGUUGCAAGACGUGAAGAUGUGAAGAAAAGAUGUCUCUUCUUAAAAGUUCUUCUUAAUUCCAAAGAGGUAUCUAGAACAGUUUCUCGGCAGAUGAACUCCGACUUUAGAAUUCAUUUUGGGCAAAUUUUUAAUGUGCAAAUAUUCAAUUGGCCAGAGAGUUUAAAAUUGCAGCUUUAUGAAACAAUUGGACUCAGCAGUGCUAACUUGUUAACAGAAGUAUUUGUGCCCAUCCCAGAGAUGACUGUUCUAACAGGAAGAGCUCCAGUUGAAGAAAUUGAAUUCAGCAGUGACCAGUGUGUGACGCUGGACCAUGAAGGAGUAGGCAGUGGUGUUUCAUUUUCAUUUGAAGCAGAUGGUAGUAAUAAUAUGAUUUUAAUGACUUCUGGUAAAGUAUCAUGCAGUGUGUCAUGGGCAGUUGGAGCAAAUGGGAUACCACUGGUUCCUCCAGUCUCGCAGAAGAAUUCUAAUCUUUCAAGUUCCUUAAAAAAAGUGGAUGCUAUUGCAUCAAUUGGCGCAUCUGGAUUAACUGACAUGAAGAAAUUAGCCAAAUGGGUGACUGAUACAAAACUUGAUCCUAAUGAUCCAAGCAACACAGCCCUGAUGCAGUUUUUAAAAAUUACUCCAUGUGGUGAUGCUUCCAUCCCAGAUUUCUUUAGAUUGGAGCAAUUGCAACAAGAAUUUAAUUUUGUUUCUGAUGAGGAAUUUAAUAGAUCCAAAAGAUUUUGGCUUCUUCAGCUCAGAAAGAAUGAGGUAGCUGAAUUUCGAAAUUAUAAAUUUGUUCCUUUACUGGAAAGAGAGAUCAAUGAAAAAAUUUUGCAGGACUAUGAGAAAAGAUUGCAAGAGAAGGAUGUCAUUGAUACCAAGGACUAUUCGGAUGCACACAGAGCAAUUGUUGCAAAGUACAUGGAAAAGGUUAGGGAAUCAGUAAUUAAUCGUUUCCUGAUCGCAAAGCAUCAUUUUGUUCUUUCUGACUUGGUCAAUGAAGAUGAGAUCCCUACUAUUGGUUCUGCUGGCCCAGGCUUUUUGAGCGUCAGCCUCUUUACACUGACCGAAGCAAAGCGACCCUUAAAACCAAGGCGAAAAGAGAGGAAGAAAAUAACAGCACAGAAUCUCUCAGAUGGUGAUAUAAAACUCUUGGUUAAUGUUGUCAGAGCAUUUGAGCUUCCUGUUAGAAAGUGUGCUGGGAGCAAACUUCAGCAGCCGUGUAAAUCAUCAUGGGCUUUCAAUGAGAUGUUUGUUGCUUCUGCAACUCCACACAGCCCCAACCACAGUAUGGACUGGACAUUUAGCCAGGUUUCAAUUCGGCCUUUUGUAGAGGUUUCUUUCCAGAGAACAGUUUGUCGGACGACCACCGCAGAAGGGUCCAACCCAAACUGGAGUGAAGAGCUGGAACUUCCAUUUAGAAUUUCUAACAAUGACUAUAGCAUCUCCAAUCUGCAGUCAGUGAAGGAUGACAUUUUCAUUAACAUCUUUGAUGAAGUACUGCAUGAUAUCUUAGAGGAUGAUCGCGAAAGAGAAAAUGGUGGGGUCCAUACCUGUAUGGAAAAGCGCUGGCUUGGAUUGGUUCGGAUACCAUUUACAACAGUAUAUUUUCAAGGAAGAAUUGAUGGCACAUUUAAGAUUGAUACUCCUCCCAUUCUUCUUGGCUAUAGCAAAGGGAAAAAUAUGGAAAUUGACAGAAAAUAUGAUUCCAUACAUCAUCUGAGUGAUGGUUCCUACAUUUCUUUGUACAUUACAAUUGAACCUCAACUCAUUCCUGGAGAAUCAGUUCAAGAAAGGGUGAAUGAAAUGUUGAAGAAGCUUGACACUCAAGAAGAUGAGAAGCUUCUUCAAGCAGCUGAAAGAUACAAAGCUGAAUGUGCCCUGAAAUUUCCAGAUCGACAAUGCCUGACCACUGUAAUUGACAUCAGUGGAAAAACACUCUUUGUUACGAGAUUCAUCAGAGCCCUCAACCCCCCAGAAGAGCUCCUACGAGUUCAUCCAGACAAUCCACAACAAACCUCUGAAUUACUUGCCCGAUACGUAGCCCUGAUUCCAUUCUUACCCGAUACAGUAUCAUUUGUUGGAAUUUGUGAUCUAUGGAGUACCUCUGAUCAGUUCCUUGAUCUUUUGGCUGGAGAUGAAGAAGAACAUGCUGUGCUGUUGUGUAAUUAUUUUCUUGCUCUUGGCAAAAAGGCCUGGCUUCUAAUUGGAAAUGCUGUUCCGGAGGGACCAACAGCUUAUGUGUUAACUUGGGAACAAAACCAAUAUGUGAUUUGGAAUCCAAGCCGUGGACACUUUUAUGGACAAUAUGAUGCUUUCUGUCCAUUGAAAAGGGUCAGCUGUUUGAUUUCUGCAGACAAUGUUUGGUUUAAUAUUCAACAGUAUGAUUCCCCACUAAGAAUAAACUUUGAUGUCAACAAACCCAAAUUUUGGAAACCUUUCUUUUCUAGAAGUUUACCAUUCCCUGGUCUCUCCAGUGUUCAGCCUGAAGAACUCUUCUACCAAAAUGCAGACAAGACUGUCGCACUACAUUUACAGAACAGGCUUGAGAAGAUAUUAAAAGAAAAAAUCAUGGAAUGGCGGCCAAACCACUUGACACGUUGGAACAGAUACUGUACCUAUGCCCUCCGGCAGUUCUUGCCUCUGUUGGAGAAACAUCAGGGCAAAGAGGUAGAAGAUGAUCAUCAGUCAGAAUUACAAAAACAACUUGGAGACUACAAGGUCUCCGGAUUUCCCAUUCACUUGCCAUUUUCAGAUGUUGCAUCUAUAGUUGAGGCUGCAUAUAGUACUGGAGUUUAUAAAACUGAAAUUCCAAACACAGAGUUUGCGCUAGCCGUGUAUGUUCAUGCUUACCCCAAACACAUUCUUUCAGUGUGGAUUUAUGUGGCUUCAUUAGUUUGUAAUCGUUAGGGCUCUACAGAAAAAUAUUGACUUCCAUCAUUUCCACAGAUUCCAAUAGUCACUGCUGUUCAAGGAAUUUUCCACCUGAGCCCACAAUAAAGUUUUGUGUACAGAAACAUCUUUGUGGUGGCGUCCCAGGAGUUUUGGUGCCAAAGACCAAGGGCUGCUAACACUAUCAAGGAGAGUGGCAAGAAUGAACAACCAGGCGUUCAAAGCCAUUGAUCUUGUGUGUGCUUAGUCAACCAUGCCUUUCUGUAUUUACUGCCACAUCAAAGUAGGAACACCCUCGUCCCAGAAGAUUUCAGUACUUUUGCCUUCAAAUCAUAGAUGACUCAUUAAACACAACACCCAGAGUGUGUGGUGGUUAAAAGGAAAGGUAACUCUUGACCCAAUGUCAGCCAUGGAAACUUCAUGACUAAGGGCAAGAUGGUCUCCCCAGCCCAGCUUACCUUAUUGGAUAGUGGCUAUAGGUAUAGAGCAGUGGUUCUCAACCUUUUUAAUACCGCGACCCCCCACCGGUCGUAAGUUGAGGACUACCCAACCGGUUGUAAGUUGAGGACUACCCAACCGGUUGUAAGUCGAGGACUUUCCCU